CAUCGGUCUUUGUAAAUAGCGGAGUUGGGGCCCUGUGCGACAGUAUAUUAGAAUGUACUCUGUGGCAGUGCCUCAACUGGUUUCACGAGGAACGGUUGUGCGCGUGCUGCGCGUUGAGCACGCGUUUGAUAGUUUAAUCCAUGGACGUGCUAGUGCCAUCGUAAUUAAAAGGAUGAUGAUCGAUCGCUAUAAAGUUCGCCAAGGAGUUUUCAGUGAAGUGAAUAUUAGAAAACGAAGUAUUCUCGAUAGCUAACAUCUGCGUGAGUGCAGUCGCGGCAAAAACUUGUGUUUAACAUUGAGUGUUUGUGCAACGAACAAAAAUGGGUUUAAUGAAAUGGAUAGUUGUGUUACCGAUACAUUUAGUGCACGUAUUUGCUGCCAAUCCCUGCUGUCCUGAAGGACAAGCGCUGUUGGUGAAAAGGGAUGGAUGUUGGAAUCCAAAAACCAACGUGACUUCGCCUGCUACAUUGACUUGUAAGGUUGCUAUUAAGUUCGUAAAGAACUUUUACAUCAAUGAAGCUCAACAAUUGAAGCUGAGCUUAGGCGGAGAAACUGACGAGACAAUUGAACCCGACGCGUAUUGCGCGGGCAACUUAACAACGAUACGGGAUGUGACUCUUAAUAAGACGAAGCCCGCUGUCAUAGUGUGCGCCGACGAAAAUGAGGAAAUAAUUGACGACAGAAUAAUGGGUUAUACCAUGAUAGUCUCAGUUGUAUUCCUAGCAGCCACCGCAGUUAUAUACGGCUUUUUACCGGAAUUAAGGGAUGUCCAAGGCAAGAGUAUUAUUAACUUCUGCACCAGUUUAGCCAUCGGUCUCGGGAUAUUGGUCAUUAUGAAACUCAUGGAGUACAGCGACAUGGACCUAUGCGCAGCUAGAGGAUUUUUAGGUUAUUUCUUUACAAUCGCAGCCUUUUUCUGGUCAAACGCAAUAUCAAUACAGGUUCUUUUGAACACAAGACGGCCUGCUACUUUGGACUACAGUUGGCAUGAAUUCAAGUGGUAUGCACUGUACGCGUGGGGAGCUCCCGCAGUCCUCACUAUAUGCAUGGCGAUCGUCAACUUCCACCCCGGUUCACACGCAAAGCCUGGCAUCGGACUCAACCACUGCUGGUUCUUCAAUAAAAAGCAGCAGUGGUAUUACAUGUAUAGCGUGUUGUCAAUACUACUUGCAGCUAACAUCUGUAUAUUCAUAUACACUUCCCUGUUAAUAUGGCGCCUGUCUUUCUCGUCAAGUCAUAUAAAAGCAGUUAAAUAUAAGUUUGUGAUGACGGUGCGCCUGAUAGUAUUGAUGGGACUGCCUUGGGUAUUUGAGAUGAUCGGAUCGUUAGCAGGGGAACAUAUUAUAUGGUCAAUACUCGAUGUAUUCAACACACUCCAAGGUAUCCUGAUAUUCCUACUCCUCGUAGUAUUCCGAAAAAGGGUGAUCAAGAUCAUGUACAAGCAUGGCUGGCUGAACUGCAUAUCAGGGUUCGUGGAGAAACAUCUGGCUAUCGAAGAUGAUGAAGAAAAUGUAGUACAGCACACCGACGUUCCGAUGAACGAUAGAACUGUCUUGUAAUAAUCGGAUUUUAUCGAUACUUACAAUCGAUAUGACGUCAAAUCGAUAAGAAAUAUCGAUGUAUAGCUCGAACAGAAUGUUUACUGUGUAAAUCUAGGAACGCCACUCCUUAUUUAUAAAAGAAAAUCACUGAAUGCCGUAUUCCGUAGAAAAUACUGGUUCAGUGUGAUUUCACUGGAGUUCUAUGUAUGCUUCUUUUGUCUUGUAGUAUUAUUAAAAUAACUAUCUUUGAUAAAUGGAUCAUCGUACCCAAAGUUUGGUUUCCUGAAGAAUAGAGCAAUCGAACUCUUCAGCGUGGGCUUUGCCCUUUAAAAGCUUCAUCAGAUAAACUAACGGACGAAAUACAAAACUUAACACUCAAUACUUUAUUGCAUUCCAUAUGUUAUAGAAAUGGUAUUUUUUUUUUAUAUAUUACGAUUUCUAUUGCAUAAACUAUACAAUAUAUAUUAAAUGAUGUACUUAAUUAGACUUGAUAUUAAGUACAUUGUAUCAAAUUAAUUCGAUCGUUUAUUUUAUUAAAAUUCGUAAACUUUUUCUAUAAUAUUUUCAU